AUGCACAGUUUCUCUGACUUUCCAAAAAUCACUCAACUUCUUCUUCUUCUUCUUUCUCACUCCUUAAAAAUCUUUCUCUCUCUCUGUCCUCCACCAAGCUACAGAGCUCUCAGCAACAGCAGCAGGAUGUUGGAGAAGGUAGAGAGUUUCAACAUGAACAGAGUAAUCGACGAAUUCGAUGAAAUGACGAGAAACGCAGCUCAAGUCCAGAGACAAACCCUCAAAGAGAUUCUUGAGAAGAACAAAGCCGCCAUUUACUUGCAAAACUGCGGACUCAACGGAAACGCAACCACAGACACAGAAGCUGCUUUCAAAGCAAAUGUUCCGUUAGUCACUGACGCUGAUUUAGAGCCUUACAUCAAACGAAUGGUCGAUGGUGACACGUCUCCUAUCCUCACUGGCCACCCCGUUCCCGCCAUUUCCUUAAGCUCUGGAACCAGUCAAGGCCGUCCAAAGUUUGUUCCUUUCACUGAUGAAUUGAUGGAGAACACUUUACAACUCUUUCGCACCGCCUUUGCCUUCAGAAACAGAGAGUUUCCAAUUGAUAACAAUGGGAAAGCUUUGCAAUUCAUCUUCAGCAGCAAGCAGUACAUUUCAAAAGGCGGCGUCCCAGUAGGAACCGCAACCUCAAACGUCUACCGGAACCCUAACUACAAAGCCGGAAUGAAAUCAAUACAGUCACUCUCUUGCAGUCCCGACGAAGUGAUCUUCAGUCCUGACGUCCAUCAAGCCUUGUACUGCCAUCUCUUAUCAGGAAUCCUCUUCAGAGACCAAGUCCAGUACGUCUUUGCCUCCUUCGCUCACGGCCUAGUCCACGCGUUUAGAACCUUUGAGCAGCUCUGGGAAGAGAUCGUCACCGAUAUCAAAGACGGCGUCUUGAGCAGCCGAAUCACCGUCCCAUCGGUCAGAGCCGCGAUGUCGAAGCUCCUGAAGCCUGAUCCUGAGCUGGCUGAGACGAUCCGUGAGAAAUGCGUGAGCUUGAGCAACUGGUACGGACUGAUUCCCGCGCUUUUCCCGAACGCGAAGUAUGUUUACGGGAUCAUGACUGGCUCCAUGGAGCCGUACGUGAAGAAGCUGAGACAUUACGCUGGGGAUCUACCGCUCGUGAGCCAUGACUAUGGAAGCUCCGAAGGAUGGAUCGCUGCUAAUGUGACUCCGAGAUUGUCUCCGGAGGAAGCUACGUUCGCGGUGAUUCCGAAUCUCGGUUACUUCGAGUUUCUCUCUGUUUCUGAAACAGAGGAAGGAGGAGGAGAUCAAGAACCGGUCGGUUUAACCGAUGUCAAGAUCGGACAAGAGUACGAGGUUGUCAUCACGAACUACGCGGGAUUGUAUCGGUACAGGCUUGGAGACGUGGUGAAGAUCACUGGCUUCUACAACGAAACUCCACAGCUCAAGUUUAUCUGCAGGAGAAACUUGAUCCUCUCGAUCAACAUCGACAAGAACACGGAGCGAGAUCUUCAGCUUUCGGUGGAGUCUGCAGCGAAGAGACUCUCGGAGGAGAAGAUCGAAGUGAUAGACUUCUCUAGCCACGUUGAUGUGUCGACGGAUCCGGGACAUUACGUUAUAUUCUGGGAGAUUUCAGGUGAGACAAGCGAAGAUGUUCUUCAGGAUUGCUGUGACUAUCUAGACCGAGGAUUCAUCGAUGCUGGUUAUAUGAGUUCGAGGAAAUGCAAGACGAUUGGAGCUUUGGAGCUGAGAGUGUUGGAGAGAGGAACGUUUAGGAAGGUUCAAGAACAUUUUCUAGGGCUUGGAUCAUCGGCUGGACAGUUUAAGAUGCCGAGGUGUGUGAAGCCAAGUAAUGUUAAGGUUCUGCAGAUUCUGUGUGAGAAUGUUGAGAAGAGCUUCUUCAGCACAGCUUUUGACUGA